UUGAUUCAGUUGCGCCAAAUAGUGUCAAUAUCAUCCGAAAGCCGACCCGACGGCCCAACGCCGGGGACAUCUGGAUAUGAACAGUGGCAAUGAUUUUAACUAUGACUCCGACGACGCUGCAGGAAAUGGAUGUCGAGCUAGAGCACUACAACAGAGCCAAUUUGAGGCUCGAAACAACCAUCUCCGAGCUCAAAUCCAAGCUCAGAAUGGCCGAGCUGAAUGUGGACAAGGAAAAGGCAAAGGUCCAGCAGGGCAUGGCGGUGAUCAAGCGCUUCAAGCGCGACGUCAACAACUGUGUGCAGUACAUCCAAGAGCCCGCGCAGCUCAUGGCUCACGUCAAGGAGCUCUUCGGAAAAUAUUCGCGGGAAUGGGUCAAGGACGACGUUGAGAUGGAGCUCGACAUCCAGGAAGAGUACGCUCGCCAGAAGCAGCAUCUCAGGCGGACAGUGCGCACACUCCGGAAGCAGGUCAUGGAGGACCAGGGCAGCCACAAGGCCGACAAUCUCGACGUGAUGAACGAAAACGUUCUACUGAUCAAGGAGAUCAACCAACUCCGCAAGGAAAUGCGCAUAUCCAAGCAAAAGGAGAAGGCUGCUGAGAUUACGCUAAGGCACUUUAUCCCAGCCACAGUUGACCUUGGGGACGCAGGACCAGCGCCAGCAGCCGCUGCACCAGAGCCUUUGCCGGAGGCCGAGAAUGGUCCGCCGGAACGACUCCACUUGCCGCCCCUCCGACAGACUGUCGACUGAGGAAGGGUGAUGGGCCGGUGGGCCGGCUUUUGUUUCUGCUGGCAGCCCAGGCCGGAUCGGGUCCUUGCUGUCCCAAAGCGGCGGUCGAUGAGCAGACCCACAGCAUCCCAAUAGAGCGGAUGACCGCAAUUGCCUG